AUGUCGUCGGCACUAUUUCAACCGCUCCUCCACGAUCCUUUGGGAUGGAAACCAUCGACCACAACAUACAGCGAUACAUUCAAAAGUAGAACUUAUGGAACAUCUAGUAGUACACAGAAGAAACUUUCGCCAUACGGUCAAGAGUAUCAAAAACAAUUGCGAAAACAACAACAACAAAUGAAAUUAUUUCGAAAGAAUCCGUAUUUUGUACAAUCGUUCAGCGACGAACAAUCAACACCACGAAUUAUUUUCCUUAAGAAAAAUGACGAAGAAUAUCGAGAACAACCGCCUGCAGCUUACCAAUUAACACGUUCGAAAACAUUACCUGCUGUUUCGGAAGAAGAACCUACUUUUGCUGCUGAAUGUCAAAAACCAGUCUAUCGAGAGCCCAACUAUGAUUCAACGUCCGUACAACGUUUACCAUCAGCACCAUUUGAUCAACGAGGACCAAUGAAAGUUCGACGAAAUCCAAAAGAAGAUAAAGAAAAACACCUGAUCGAUAUAAAUGAUGAUCAAUACCGGCAUUGGCUUACAUAUCCAACUCCGGAUACACCUCCUCAAAUUGCCGACGCUAAGCAACGUUUAGGUCAAUAUAAAUUUCCUCAGACUCUAUCUCGUGGAACAUCGGCAUCGUAUGCAUAUGGCGAACAACAACCAUCCUCAUCAAACGAUCAAUCAGGCUCGAAUGUUCCGCAUCGCCGAAAGAAGCAAGUGAAUGAUCGUGGGCAUUUUCUUGAAUUUAAUAUUCCUCCAACACCACCAGAAUUGCGUGCUGCACGCCAUCGAUUAGAAAAACAUCGAUAUCAUCAAUCUUUGGACAAUUACCCACCACAUCUCGAAGUCAAUCCAGACGGCGAACAAGAAGAGUAUGAUAAACCAACGGACGCUCCUCAAUACCAAGAGGAACAAACAUCACAGAAUCAACCAUCGUCAACAAAAAUAGAAUCGGGCGAUGCCAGUGAUGAAAAUCGAGCAGCUGAUUGUGAACAAUCAACGCUAAUAGAACAAACUAAUAAUAACGAGGAUUUACCUGAAGAAUACAUCGAAGCAUUAGAUAUUUCUGACGCAGCACAAGAAGAGUACUAUAAAGAUUCUAAACCAAAUUGCGAAAAAAAAUCGAAUCAAUCUUACUAUCGCAUUCCACCGAUAUCAUCCGAUCUUCAACAUGAUUCUACUGUCGCUUACUGUAAUCAACAAUCGACACCGUCAACAAACUCACGAAAUGCAAAUGAGUUCGGCGUUUGGAUUCGCAAUUCGAGUGAUCAAGAACGCGAAUCAGCAAUGAAAAUUUUGAAUAACGUUUUAAAACAGCCGAUGAUUGGCUACGGCGUGCCAAAGAAACAACAGAUCAUUUUCAAACGACCAGCAGGAUGUAAUAUAGGCCGAUCAGCAUCGGCUUCACGACAACUCGGUCAUGCUCCAUCAUAUAUGGAGCUUGAGCCGAUCAAAAACAAUGGCUUGUCCUCAUCAAGACUAAAACGUUUGAUCAAAUUUCAUUUGUCUACCAUUGAUAUUAAAUUCGUUAACAGAACAAUAAAUACGCACUCACAUACACAUAUAUACACACUAUACUCUUUUUUUUGA